GGAACAUGAUGUUCCGAAUUUUCGGUGUGGCUUCGGUUUAUCCGUCACUACUAUUAGUACCGUGUUAAUCACAAGUCUCUGCUUCAGAAUUCUCAUUUCUGUGAAGCUUUCCUUUUCUGCUUUACUCUUCCUCUUUAGAUCCCCUUUCUCACGAUCAAUUGUCUCCUCCAUUUGCUAUUCGAUCCGCGAUCUUCAUCUCAAAUUCAAGCUUCAUUGUUCCUGCCGUAGAAUUGGGGAUUCGGAAUACAACUAAAUCAAAAGUCUGUGCUACCAAUGGCUACCAGCAGGAAAGCCGAUGAAGCAGAGGAUUCAUUGGACUCGUCCUCCUCAAAUCAUUGGAUUUAUGAAGUUUUCUUGAGCUUCAGGGGUGAAGACACGCGCAACAACUUCACGGGCCAUCUCUACCUGGCCUUAAAGGAGGCUGGAAUCAAUGCUUUCAUCGACGACAACCAACUUAGAAGAGGGGAAAACAUAACUGAUGAAUUGGUGCGGGCAAUUCAAGGGUCCAAGAUCUCUGUCAUCGUCUUUUCAAGGAAGUAUGCGAAUUCCACUUGGUGUCUUGAGGAGCUAGUGAAGAUCAUGGAGUGUAGAAGAACACUGGGGCAACUUGUCUUUCGAGUAUUCUAUGAUGUUGAUCCUUCAGAUGUCCGGAAACAGAGUGGUAGUUUUGCAGAUGCAUUUGAUCAGAAACAUGGAGACAAAGAUGAAGAUAAGGUCAACAGGUGGAGAACUGCUCUUACUGAAGCUGCACAUUUGUCUGGCUGGGAUCUUAGAACCAAAGCUGAUGGGCAUGAAGGGAACUUUAUACGGAUGAUUAUUCAGGAGAUCUCUAAAUUUCUUAAUAAUACAGACUUAAAGGUAGCGGAAAAUGAAACUGGAAUAGACUCUCGUAUACAAGAUAUUGUUUCUCUUUUAGGUAUUGGAACAGCACAUGAUGUACGCAUUGUUGGAAUUUGUGGUAUGGGGGGGAUCGGAAAAACAACACUUGCCAAGGCUCUUUACAACAGAUUUCGACAAAGCUUUGAAGCUUCAAGUUUCCUUCCUGAUGUCAGGGAAACUAUGCAGAACAAUGGUAUGGUUAGUUUGCAAGAAAGCCUUCUUUCUGAUAUCUCUAAAACAAGCAUGACAGAGGUAGGUCAUGUUGACAGAGGGAUCAAUGUGAUAAGAAAUAGACUCGGAUGCAGAAGGGUAUUUGUCGUAAUUGAUGAUGUCGACCAAGUGGAGCAAUUAAAGGCAUUAGCAAUAGACCGUGACUCGUUUGUUCUGGGAAGCAGAGUGCUUAUAACAACAAGAGAUGAACAUUUGCUAAAGCAACUUCAAGUGGAUUCUAUAUAUCAAGUUCGGUUGAUAGAUGAAGAAGAAUCUAUCAAACUCUUUAGUUUGCAUGCCUUUAAAACUUAUUGCUCCCCUAAUGAAGAAUAUCUUAAACUCUCAAGAAGGGUUGUUGAUUGUUGUGGAGGUUUGCCACUAGCUCUUAAAGUUCUAGGAUCUUUUCUAGUUGAAAGAGGCACAAAAUUUUGGGAAAGUGAAAUCAAGAAAUUGCAAACAAUUCCUCUGCUCAAAGUUCAAGAAAAGCUCAAGAUUAGUUUUGAUGGGCUAAAUGAUGAUACAGAGAGGGACAUAUUCCUUGAUAUAUCAUGUUUCCAUAUCGGGAAGAAGAUGGACCAUGUCAAACAAGUAUUGGAUAGUUGUGACCUUUUUCCACAUUCAGGAAUUGAGGUCCUCAUUCAACGUUGCCUCAUAACUGUUAAUAAGAAAAACGAGCUGAUGAUGCAUGAUUUGCUUCGCGACAUGGGUAGCAAUUGUCCGUGCAAAAUGCCGUGACAACCCUGGAAAAUGGAGUAGAGUGUGGCGCUCGGAAGAUGCAGUAAAGGUAUUGACGGACGAAUCUGGAUCUGAUGAAAUUCAAGGACUCACUCUAGACAUGCGGUGCUUAGAAUUCGGGAAAAAGGCUAAAUUUAGGACAGAAGCAUUUGCAAAAAUGAAGAGACUGAGAUUUCUCGAACUCAGUCAUGUAAAGCUCACUGGAGGCUACAAAUAUCUCCCCAACGAGUUAAGAUGGCUCCACUGGACUGGAUUCCCUCUAAGGUCCAUACCAAAAGAUUUUAGUCUAGGAGAAGUAGUUGCUAUCUACCUCCCAUAUAGCAAUCUCAGAUACGUUUGGGAAGAUUCUGGGGUCCUUGCGAAAUUGAAGAUUCUUGAUCUCAGUAAUUCCUAUUCCUUAAAAAAAUCACCAGACUUUUCAACUAUUCCAAAUCUCGAGGAGUUGGUCCUCAAAAACUGUUGGGAAUUGGCAGAGGUUCACCAGUCCAUUGGUGGACUCAAAAGGAUUUCUUUGGUUAAUCUUAUGGACUGCAAAAUUCUUGAGGAGCUUCCAAGGAGUUUCUAUAAGUUAAAAUCUAUAGUAACUCUUGUUCUUGAUGGCUGUGAAAGAUUUGAGAAAUUGGAUCAGAAAAUAGGGGACAUGACAUCGUUGUCUACUCUGAGUGCAAAUGGCACAGCCAUAACAGAACUGCCGUCUUCCAUUGUGAGAUUAAAGAACCUGAGAUAUUUUUCUCUACUAUAUUGGGAUCCUACACGUAAUUUCCCUAAUCCUACACGUACUCCCUCUUUAUCACGUCCCUUUUAUUUGAUCUAUUAUUGGGCUUCAAUAUACCUAAUUUUCUUGAGGAUCCUGGAAGUCGAUCUUCCUUGAAAAGGAUGGAUAUAAAAAGCCUGCCAAGCCUCACAGGCCUCUCCCAGCUUGAAGACCUAUGCUUGGUUGAUUGCAAUCUUACCGAUGAAUUGAUAAAGGGUAUGGAUCUUGGGAGUCUUUCCUCUUUGAAGUCGUUACAUCUAGAUGAUAACAGUUUCAGUAGCCUUCCAAGCCUCUGCAGCCUUUCUAAGCUUGUCGAUCUAGAUUUGAGUAGUUGUACAAACCUUGUUGCAAUCCCAGAUUUACCAACGAGUCUGACGAACAUCUGCGCCUCAUACUGCACUGCAUUGGAAAUAAUGCCCGACUUUUCAGAUAUGUCCAAUAUGAGACGGAUGUUUCUAAACAGAUGUGCCAAACUCGUUGAGGUUCCAGGCUUGGAUGAAUCUUUGAAAAGCUCCAUGAGGCUGCUUGUAAUGGAAGGGUGCAUCAAUAUCACUGCUACUUUCAAGGAGAAAAUUCUACAGGUCUCUCUCUCUCUCCCUCUCCCUCCUUCCCUCUAAAUCUUCUUGCUUCUUGUCAUGGUAUAGGGAUGGAAUUUCAUAGGACCUGUUGACAUCGUAUUUCUGGGACCUGGUCCGAGUGACAUCAUAAUUCUGGAACCUGGUGGCAUAUUUCUCCCUCCGAGUGACAUUCCUGAGUGGUUCCCGUGGGUCAAUGAGGGUGGUAGAAUAAAUUUUCAAGUGCCUGAAAUUAGGGGGAGUAAUGUAAUAGCCAUCGCUCUGUGCUUCACUUAUUUGAAAAAUGAUAAUCGUGAGCCAGAAUUUCCAUCUAGUGGCGUUUUGGUUACAAACCAUACCAAGCUCGCUACAUUUUACAUUGCAGUGGAAUCAGGCCCUGGAAGCGGUCCCCAUAAUUUUGAGUAUCUUUGGCUGGGACAUUUACCCAGCUAUAAGUUCAAUUUGGAAGGAGGCGACUUUGUUGAAGUUUUGAUAAGAACCGCACGUCCAUUUUUCAGAGUGAAAAAAUCAGGGAUCAGUCUAGUAUGGGACACCAAGCAGCCAGAGUUCAGGGUUGAUACUGACUGGGUAGAUAGGAUGUGUUUUUCUCGUCCAUAUACUGGAGGCAAUAAUAAUAUGGAAUAGACCCCUUGCUGGUUAUGUCGAUGAUGUAGUCACCUGAUGAGGAGUUGAGGAUCGACCUCCGACAGAGAUUGAGGCACGAGGAAGCCAUUUUGAGGUCUUGGAUCAUGGUUCUUGUAGGUAUUUGUGGAGCAGUUUGGGCAACUACCUCACCCCAUUGACUAUGCCAUUCAGCGAUCAUGACGUUGGUCAUUACUCAUUAGUUUGUGUACAUGGUAGGAGUGCAACUGAACAUUGUAGGCACACAUUAAUAGAUUCUACAGUGUUUACUGAUUAGCCCUUAUCAAUUUGUCUUGGUUAUAUUGCAGGAAGUCAUUUCUUUCGAUA